AUGCUCUCAAUCGGACUGGCACUAGAGAAUAUCGAGCACUUGGAAGAAAGGCUGGUGGCAGUAUCAACGCCGGGAAAUCCCGAGUAUGGGAGAUACCUCGAUAGAGGGGAAAUGGAGGAUUUCUUCUACCCUUCCCCCGAAGCUUACGGGACGGUCAUCGCAUGGUUGCAAAACGCCGGUGUCGAAUACGUUUCGCAACAAGGAGCAAGUAUUAAUUUUGCUACCACGAUUUCAAAUGCAAAUAAGCUGCUUGACACCAGGUUCGCGUAUUAUAAUGUCGACGGUGUCCAGAAGCUCCGCACAAAACAAUAUUCUGUGCCGGGCGAGGUUACUCAAUAUAUACACCUGAUCCACCCUACAACAUAUUUCGGCAAGACGAGAUCUCAUAAGAUGCCGGAAGAUAUGAUCAUGCAAUCCAAAAUUGCCGCGGCGCCAUUCGAAACCAAUAUUAAUGCGGCCACACAUUGCUCUGCUCUUGUUACCCCUGAUUGCUUCCGCAACGCAUACGGCGUUGGCCACUACAAGCCCGACCCAGACAGCGGUAGUCGUGUGGCUUUCGGCAGUUUCCUAAAUCAAUCUGCACGACUGGAUGAUCUUCAUCUUUAUCAGAGCACUUAUGGGAUUCCUCUCUCGAACUUCUCUGUUGUGACUAUCAAUGGAGGUCUCGAUCAUCAAGAUCCCAACGGCCACAUCGGCGAAGCCAACCUCGACGCCCAGUUCGAGAAUGCCAUGUCGUACCCACUGCCUCAGAUACAGUAUAUUACAGGAGGCAAACCGCCUUUCAUUCCCAACCUGGAUAAACCCACCGCAGACCACAACUCCAACGAGCCUUACCUGGAAUACUACGAAUAUCUGCUCAACAGGACGAACGAUGAGCUUCCACAAGUCAUCUCAAACUCAUAUGGCGAUGACGAACAGACUGUUCCUCCAGAAUAUGCCAAGCGCGUGUGCGACAUGAUUGGUCUGAUGGGUCUGAGAGGCAUCACGGUACUUUAUUCCUCAGGUGACACGGGAACUGGCGCGUCUUGCCUUUCGAAUGACGGCAAAAACCAUACUGAAUUUACGCCAGCUUUCCCUAGUACUUGUCCAUAUACCACUUCUGUUGGUGGUACUCAAUCAUGGGGCCCUGAGAUCGGCUGGAGAGCUAGCACUGGCGGUUUCAGCAACUAUUUUCCUCGCGCAUGGUACCAAGAGAACGCAGUGGAGGACUACCUCAAACAUGGCAUCAACUCCAAGGCCAAGGCAUACUACGAAGCUGGAGGGUUCACCAAUUUUUCUGGGAGAGCUUUCCCUGACAUCUCUGCUCACUCUCUUCAUCCUAACUACGCAUUUUUCAGUCGAAAUAGACAAGGCUCGACAGGCGGAACUUCUGCAUCAGUGCCUAUUGUUGCUGGUCUCAUUGGUCUCUUGAAUGACGUUCGACUUCGAGCAGGCAAACCGACCAUGGGCUUCAUCAACCCUUUCCUCUACGGCAUCAUGACUAAGGGCGGCUCACUCAUUGAUGUGGCAACCGGAACAGCAACAGGCUGUGAUGGUACGAACUCCCAAACCGGCGAAGUGCUUAAAGGUAGUGGAAUUAUCCCAUAUGCAAGUUGGAAUAAUACUGUUGGAUGGGAUCCAGUGACGGGAUUGGGUAUGCCAAACUUCGCAGACAUGGCCAAGGCGGCCUUGUUGGUUGCUGAUUGAAUGUUCGGUGUAUGAUAAUAGUAUUGACAUGCUAGGAAUUGCUGUAAGACCAACGAAACAAAACUUUAUGUAUAAUC